AUGAGAGUGGCGAGAAGGGGCGGAGGAGGUGCCAAAGAGGAAGACGAGAAGAGAAGAAAAGGCAAUGGAGGGUUCUUAUACGGGUACGCUCCACCGUCUGAUCCUUCCUCGGAAUCUGUGCUUAAACGAUGGAUGGAAUCACAGAUGGCGGAGUGGAGAAGAGUAGGUUUGCCCCGAAGGAGUUCCGGCGGGUACACCAGACCGCCCAAGAACUCCAGGCCACCGCCUCAGCUCGGCUUUUGGAAUGUCGAUGUUCCUUCUUGGGAGAAACAAUUCUUCAUUAAUGAGUGUCCAGUUACAUGGGAACAACUGAGUUAUGUCAAGCAAUCUAUGUCACUUUACAAAAAUGUUCAAAAUUGGGAUGAUUCAGCGGCAUCAGAGGCUUUUCAGAAUGCAAAAUUCCGUUAUUGGGCAACUAUUAACAAUUGCCAAUCCAACAUCCCAUUGCCAGAUCCAGACAUAUACAUUGACAAGGUCAACUACGACGUGGUUAUUGAUCCAGAAAUAGUGGCUGAUUUGUAUAUUGAGCCAGAACAACUGACACCAGCAGAAAGCUCUUUCGACUAUAUGAAUGUACCAAUUGUACCCACUGGAUGGGAUGAUACAGGAGUUCCACUUCCCACAAACGGGCUGACCGCUGAACAUCUAUCUCGAAUUGGUAUUAUCAGUACCGGAUGGGAUGAAGCCAAAAAUGAUUCUGGUCAGGAUGCGAAGCCUUUCAAUGCCUGGAAUGCUACUAGUCAGGAAGUGACCUACGAUUACAGCAGUAAACGGAACACAGGUGAUUGUUGGGGAGAUGCGAAUGUGAACAAUAGGAGAUGGGAGAAUGAGUGGAAGUUCGAGCCUCAUGGAAAUAGUAACAAUGACAUGGGAAAGUUUGGUAGGAAUAGAGAUGGCGGUGGCUGGUUUGGUUCGAGAAAGACAGCCUCGAGGUUCAAGACUGAUAACAACCUGACAAACAGGGGCUGGAGAAAUUUCAGAGGGAAGCAAAGCAGAAUUGAAUCAAUUGAUGACAGUGAGCUGACAGUUUAUGCUGGAAGGCCGACAAAUUUGCUGAGGAAAUCUACUCCUUGUGGACCAGUGAAUUGAUUCUUGUGCCGUGUGUCGAAAGGAGAAAUCUAUAUCUAGUGACAAAAAACAUCCUGUGAUUCCAUUAGGCCCGGGAAAGAAUCUUUGCCGAGUGUUGCAUCCAAUUUUUGUUUAUAUAUGUAUAUAUAGAUAUAUGCUCGUUUUGACUAUGUAUUUAUAAGAGGAAUGUUCGAUUCUUCUAAAACAUAUAAUCUACGUAUAAUUCGAGUUUAUGAUUUA